CAGCAGUGAAUAAUGCAUCUGCAUUUUACAGGUAGUCUUGCUUUUAUUUUAGAGUUGCCUUUCAUUUAAAACUGUCCCUGCACACAGACAGUUAAUUCCUAUUUGCCUUUAAACUAAAUAGAGAAGAAGGAGUGCCUAAAUGAUGUCCAAGUGCGUCGGUAUCGCAGCGCCGCCUGCGCGUAAAUAUAAAAAAAAACUGGGUAAUAUAUUUAUUAGCACGUCUGUCGGGCGUGGCUGGCUUGUCUGCCGGGGGGGCUGUAGCCGUAGCCUGCUCCGGGGCUGCUGGAUGCUCCGUGAUGGAUGCGGAGUGACAGAUCGGGGUUAGCCGCCAGGGGAGUCCAUUUUCUUGCAGCGCACGGUCCUAUCCGAGGAGAAAGCUGAGGAGGUGAGACACUGGACGCAGAGGAGGAAGGGACGAGAAGCAGACCGAUCUCCACCCCUCCUUUCUGACUCUCUGUCACACACAUACACACACACAGGCACACACACUCUCUCUCUCUUCUCCCGUGCAUCACAACCUAGUGGGCUUUACCCGGACUGCACCGCAUUGACGCUGCUGCUGCUGCUGCUGCUGCUGCCAGCCGACCCAGCCCACUAAACUAACGCACUAACAUAUAGAGAGGGAAGCAGAGGGAGAAUCUGUGGCUUUAAAUGCAGUUACGCACAGCUGCAAACUGGAUGCUGUGUGGAUUGUGUGCGUGGAUAUGCAGCAAUCCCCUCUGCACAUCUCUUUGCUUCUUUCUCUCUGGAUCCGGACUCUGAUUCGCUGUCCUGCUCGGUAAUGUCAAGACUUUGGAAGCGGGAGUGACUCGGGGAGUGAGGCGGCGGUUUUGGAGAUUACUGCAUAGAGCAAGGCGAGAGAAAAUUAAGAGAUAACUUGCAAGUUUUCCAGAGCUCGCAUCAUGAAUGUAGGUGUUUACUUGAGCCCAGUGAGCUCCCCGCUGUGCCGUCUCCAACAUGGGUGUUGACUGAAUGGAGGAGUAUCCCCGCGCUGCCACAGAAGGUAUGAAGAUGCACUUGUGAGGAUUAAAAACUGCGCUCAAUAAUUCCCGGACCAUGCAGAUUCUGCCGCCUAGGACGUUAUUUGUGUUACUAGCCCAUGCACAUGUGUUGUUAUCCCUGAGAAAUAAUGGAGAAGCUAAAGAGGACAGCAACACCAGCGCGUACUCUGCCAGGACUUUCCACGGGUCACUCCGGGAGAGUCAUCAAAACAAAGCCUGGGACCGUGCGCUCUCGCCGGGGUACGCCACAGGUGCGUCCUCGGCGGAACUGCAGGCGAUUAUCCGAGGGCCUCUUAACUCCACUCACCCCUGGAAGAGGGUAAUUGCAGGAGAAACGAGGCGAAUUGGACACAACAAGCGUGACUUCAGUAGGACUGUGACACCCGUGGAGGAUCCCAACGCUGUCUCACAUUGGGACCCGACGCGCCACCACAAUAAGAGGAUAAAGUUGAAUGGCGGUCUUAGUAGUACGAGGACGCCAGCAGGUGGACACUACAAUGCGGCUAAGCCGUCUUCAAUGGGCCAGGGAGACGGAGGAGGGGGACCCGAGGAGGGCGACAGGCACAAGAGAGGCACAAAGGACGAGCAGAAGAAAGCCUCGAAGAGGGGGAGAAGCCGGCCGAACAAAAGCGCGGGGGCUUUGGCUCAACCUCACGCGUCGCCGUGGGAACCCAUCCCCAAGCCGGUGGCCCUCACCUCCACCGACCUGCCCUUUGACCUCUUCACCAGGAGGACCGAGUUCUUCACUUUCAGAGAGGAGAACCCCUGGGACGCCACGCCGAUCACCCCUCCCAGCUCGCAGGAUUUCGGGGAUGAGAUCAAGAACCCCUUUUACCCGGUGACAAGUGAGACUUACGGCGCGUACGCGAUCACGUGCGUCUCCGGGGUUAUUUUCCUGGUGGGGAUAGCGGGCAACAUCGCCAUCCUGUGCAUCGUAUGCCAGAACUACUACAUGAAGAGCAUCUCCAACUCACUGCUGGCCAAUUUGGCUGUCUGGGAUUUUGUGCUCAUCUUUUUCUGCCUGCCCAUGGUGGUUUUCCAUGAGCUGACGAAGUCCUGGCUGCUGGGGGAGUUCACCUGCAAAGUGGUGCCCUAUGUGGAGGUGGCCUCCCUUGGUGUGACAACCUUCACCCUGUGUGCUCUGUGCAUCGACCGCUUCCGUGCAGCCACCAAUGUCCAGAUGUACUACGAGAUGAUCGAGAACUGCACCUCUACUACUGCUAAGCUAGCUGUCAUCUGGAUCGGUGCUCUCCUAUUGGCCCUCCCAGAGCUCCUCAUCCGACAGCUGGUGGCAGAGGACACAGGAAUGCCAGACGAGCCUCCUGUUGAACGCUGUAUUAUCAGGAUAUCCACCUCCCUUCCUGACAUGCUCUACGUACUGGGCUUGACCUACGAGGGUGCUCGGUUGUGGUGGUGCUUCGGCUGCUACUUUUGCCUCCCCACCCUCUUCACCAUUGGGUGCUCACUGGUGACGGCACGUAAGAUCCGGCGUGCGGAGCAGGCCAGCGUGCGCAGCAACAAGAAGCAGAUCCGGCUGGAGAGCCAGAUGAACUGCACCGUUGUGGCGCUGGCAAUCGUCUAUGGCGCAUGUGUGGUGCCUGAGAACAUCUGCAACAUAGUUUCUGCGUACAUGGCGGCAGGUGUUCCUGAGCACACCAUGUCCGUGCUCCAUCUUCUCUCCCAGCUGCUUCUCUUCUGUCGGGCUGCCGUGACGCCGGCACUGCUGCUUCUCCUGUGUCGCCCGCUGGGCAGGGCCUUCCUGGACUGCUGCUGUUGCUGCUGCUGCUGUAACCACGCGCCGUCCUCGGCCACUGCCAGUGACGAUAACGAACACGAGUGCACCACCGAGCUGGAGCUGUCACCAUUCAGCACCAUCCGCAGAGAGCUGAGCAACUACACACCUGCUGGCUCCAACUGCUAAACUGACAUUCCUCAUCAGGGGUGGAGAGUUCAUUAGCUUUUAGCCUCUGGCUAGCAUUUUUCAGACUCGGCUAGGAGCGAUAUGCCUUACCUAGUCUAGUUACAUUUUUAAAUGGGUGCAUGAAUGAGGUUGGACACUGAAUAAUCAUACUCAGCCAGUGUCCUACAUCUUUAACAUCCAUCCCUUACAAUAAUUCUAUAUAUUUACAGUAACUGUAUAACCCUAAUUUUCCAGGAAAGCUAACAAAAAGCAAAAUCUUCUUUCACUCAUGCCCUGGGGUGCUCUUAAAACAGGGUCAGUACAUAUUUUUAGCAAACCUGCCUGAAACCUUUAAAACUUAAAACCUCCCUGCUGUAGACCUUUUAUGCCUAAAUAUGUUUGGACAGUUUGGAUGGCCUCUUAACCUGUCUGUCUGGUUCCUCACAAGAGGUCGAAUCAGGUUAAUGUCUUUAGAUUUUCCGAUUCUGAAGCAGAAAAGCUGUUUCCCACAGGCCUCAUGCUUUAAGUAGCAUUUAGAGGUGAUAAUAUUUAUACUGUACAAUGUACAUAGAGAAAUGAUUGUACAGACUAUGUCACAGUAUGCUCUGUUAUGAUUAAUAAAACAGUUUGUGAUGAUAUGUGUAUUUGGCCCCCAUAAAUAAUAUUUAUGUAUGGGAAACUGUACUGCAUAUCUUAAGGUAGAAUAAUCGAUGCCAAUCACAUUCUAAAUGUGUCAUAAAUUAUGGGGACGUGGCUAAUUAAUCAUAAAGUGCAACCUUUGUAUAAUAACUCAAAUACAGCAUCCAGCUAAACACGUGGGCUGACACUGCCUAUAGAAAUACAGGACUCAAUUUCAUCAGCUGUAAAGGUACAGUAUGUGUAAUGCUGCACACAUGGGAGCAAGGCUUACGAUAAUUAAACUAGCGCAGGGUGUCUCUGCGGUAAUGACAGUUUGCAAGUGGAGGACACAGAGGGGAGAGCGGAUUAGAGAAUCCAAAUGUACACAACACUGACACUGUAUAUUAAAAAAAUAUCCAGGUGACUCAAACACAACUGGGCUGGUCUCAGAGAUACAUAAACACGUACUGUGUGGAAUUAAAAGAUUUCGGAACGGACUAAUUGAAAUCACAUUAGAGUUGAAUGGAGUGGAAUGGAAUCGAAUGAAACACUCCAGAUUAAAUUGAAUGGAGUGCAUAUGAAAAGAGUGGAAAAGUAAUGGAGCAUAACACCGUGGAAUAUAAUUGAAAAGGAUGGAUUCAGCGUGGACUGGACUGAAAAUAAAUAUCUGCACUACACUGUUGUAUCAUGUUACGCCUUACACUUUGGGCUGUAUAUAUACUGUACACUUUCUUUGGUGCUCUUAUGAUGAAUGCACUGUAAACAACAAAUCCAUUGGGUCGACUUAAAUUCGCAAGUAAUUGAGCUGCGCACUAUGUUUUUGGUCAAGAAGACAGAUUGUCUGAGGAAUACGUGAACAAUGGUCGGGUGAAAGGAGAAAAAAAUCAAUGAAGAGUUUCACUGAGCUGCCGUAGACACAGUUUAGUGGGAUCGUCUGAGUCUUUGAGUAUAAAUACUGCCUUUGUUAACAGUGAUGGUACUUUGACACCUACACAGCAAGUAUGGUAGCACUUUGUUACAGUUCAGUGAUUACUCAGUGUUUACUAGACACUGAUAAAUGAAAUACUAAUUAACUUGUAAUCAACAUUAUAGAGACGUGAAAAGAUGCAAUAAACAAGUGUCUACAUGUUUUUAUUUUACAUUGGUACAGAAAUAUAAUUUCUGGUAGUUAGUUCUGUUAUGUACCAUAUUUAAAUAUUAAUCAUCUAGGUAAUUACAACAUAUUAAAUUAUUAUUUAAAAAAGAAAAAAGUGCCAAUACUGCAUACUAUCAUUGUAAAUACAACUGCUGGACUGUAAUUAUAAUGGGAUUGUACAUUUGUACAAAUAACUACUGCAAAGUUACAGUAAAUAUAAAGUAGCUGUUUCAUUUUCAUUAUUUAUUCACAACUUUUGAACUGUAAAACAAAGUGCUACCACAAGGGUAUAGAUUAAUUAGAGCGCAAGACCAUUGGUCGUUGGCUAAACCCCUACCCCGAUUGUCCAAUCGCAACUUAGCAACCAUAACUAGGCAGGACUGGUGAGACUGGAGAUGGGUCUGAUUGCAUCCGUGGCAGAAUGUAAACAUAAAUCAUCGGUUCAUGUAGGACAGGAAUGCCCAGUGGUUGCUGACCGCCUUUUUUUCCCUCUAGUAAAUUUGGGCCCCUGUUCAUUCUCAUGAAAGUUGCUCAGUGGCACAUGAAGCUAAAAAAGCUCAAUUCCUGCAGUAUGAAAUUACCCUAAUCUUUUGCAUUGUGGGGCCCACAGAGCAAGUGUGCCAAAGUCUUAUGGCGGCCGCUUGAACUUGAAUGGGGGUAAAAUGAUUUGAUCAUGCAGCUCUUCUGGAAUUUCAAAAUGUUAUUAGACUAAAUGGAUCAAAUCCCAAUAGUGAUGAGUUAUUUUGGGGGGUUAUGACGAUAAAAAAAAAUGCAUCCACUGAUUUACAGACGUCUCUUUCACAAUGUAAGGCUAUGUCUUUGUGUGACCCAUGGCAUCACAUGACGGACCAUGUGGUGUAAUUCCACUUUUGACCAAAAGGCCUAUAAAAAAUUUGCUUCAAAGCCUGAGGCUGUUUCUUGUGGCUUGGCUUACCACAUUAAGCAUCCACAUGAGCGG